AUGUCUGCACGCUGCACGCCGGCGGUAGUGCUGACCAUAACCCUGCAAAGAUCAUCAUUAUACGUCUUGAUCUGCACGAGCGUGAAGACAAGCCUGCAACGACAAUACAAGUCUGAUGGAAGCCGAAAGUACAAGCUCGACAUCGCUCUCGACACUCUCGCCACCAGCAUCCGCUUUGACGAGACUUCCGGCCUCAAAGCAACCGGCAUAAACUUCCUCACCGGACGCUCGCUCUACGGUGCCGACCCACGCCGACAAGACGGCAGUGUCACCUCCACCGGCAUCGCAGGCUACGUCUCCGCUACCCGUGAAGUAAUCAUCGCAGCCGGAGCCUUCAACGCCCCCCAGCUCCUCAAACUCUCUGGAAUCGGACCAGAAUCUGAACUCUCCCAACACGGCAUCGCAACAAGACUGAACCUCCCCAGCGUAGGCAAAAACCUGCAAGACCGCUACGAAGUCGCCGUAGCAGGUCGCGCACCCACAGAAAUCAAUCUAGUAAAAGACUGCACAUUCCUCAAAGGAGAUUCAGAUCCCUGCCUCACCCGUUGGCAAAAAUACCCAAUCGAAAAAGGCACCUACGGCACUAACGGCGUAGCCCUCGCCAUCCUUAAGAAAUCCUCCGUAGCAGCGAACGACACCACAGAACUUUUCGUCGCAGGCUGGCCAGCGCACUUCAUAGGCUACGAACCGAAUUACUUCGAAAAAGCCAUCACAGGCAAAAAUGCUUGGACUUGGGUGACUUUGGCUGCCCACACACGUAACAAUGAAGUCGGAACUGUAACCCUCCGUUCGGCAAAUCCCCAAGACAUGCCAGAGAUAAAUUUCCGAUACUUCUCCACCUCGGGCGCGGCGGACGAUUUGACAGCUCUCGUCGAAGGAACCAAGUACUCUCGCAAAAUCUUCCAAGAUCUUAUCCCUCUGAAUGGCAAGUUUACCGAGGAUUAUCCGGGAACUCGUAAUGUUCGGAAUGACGAGGAAUGGAAACAGUAUAUUCAAAACGAGGCUUGGGGACAUCAUGCUUGUUGUACGGCGAAAAUUGGGGCGGAGGGGGAUGAGGAUGCUGUGCUUGAUGGGGGUUUUAAGGUGAGAGGUACACAAGUCCGUAAGAAGAUUCGUGGGUCAAGUUGUUGA